UUUCACCAUGGCAGUGCGCACACACACAGUGCGCAUACACACCGCUUCAACACACCUGAGGAGGCGCGCGACCAAACUUACCCUGUAAUAGCUGCAGGGCGCGCGCACAGGAAAGUUCAUCAAUCACUCACCGGCAGCCUCUGCUCACGUUCACGUCACCCGUGGGCUGCUUUGGUGCGCGUUCACGCCUCAGAUUUGGAGAUGUCGGUGCCGUCUCCGCGCGCCUGUUGCAGGGGGGAAAAGUUUUUUGAGUCCUAAAAGGAAUCCAGGAAAACGGACAAAAUGUGGAGAUGAGCACCCAUCCAUAAUCCAGCUCGGACAAUCGGCCGACCCUGAUUGGACUGUUUCCCCCCUUCCAAACAAGUUGCUGCCUGCAGCCGCUGUGGAAGCUGGAGUUGCCAUGGAGACGGUGGUGAUUGUGGCCAUCGGGGUUUUGGCCACCAUUUUCCUGGCCUCCUUCGUCGCCCUGGUGGUGGUGUGCAGACACCGCUACUGCCACCCUCACGACCUGCUGCACCCCUUCGACUCCAAGCCCACGCAGGAUCUGAUUGGAGCCAUGGAAACUCAGAGUGAGCAGUCAGAGCUGGAGCUGGACGAUGUGGUCAUCACCAACCCCCACAUCGAAGCCAUCUUGGAGAAUGAGGACUGGAUAGAGGACGCCUCUGGGUUGGUCUCUCACUGCAUUUCUAUCUUAAAGAUCUGCCACACCUUAACAGAAAAGCUGGUUGCAAUGACAAUGGGCUCAGGGGCAAAGGUCAAAGCACCAGCCAGCCUAAGUGACAUCAUCAGUGUCGCCAAACGCAUCAGCCCGAGGGUGGACGAUGUGGUCAGAUCCAUGUACCCGCCUUUGGAUCCAAUCCUCCUGGAUGCUAGGGCCACUGCUCUCCUCCUUUCAGUCAGCCACCUGGUGCUGGUCACCCGCAACGCCUGUCACAUGUCCGGCAGUAUGGACUGGAUUGAUCAGUCGCUCCAUGCGGCAGAGGAUCACAUGGUGGUUUUGCGUGAGGCGGCGCUGGCCUCUGAACCAGAACGAUGCAUACCUGGAGCUGACGCACAGAAAGAGCAGGCCAUCUAAUGCAAACACAGACAAUCACAAACACAGAGAAGCAGCAAGAGGGCACAAAAAUAUGUUCAAUUUAUCCUUGAGCUGCAUCUAGUCACAACUCUGUACUCAAAUGAUAGUGAACAGGUAUAUGUUCUGCAAAAGGUGUUCAAAAAGCAUGCUUUCAAAACUCAUCACCAGGCAAAUAGGCUGUGAUGAUUGAUGCAGAGGCUCUUAUUUUGAUAUCUGACUUUGAAAGAGAAUUUCAUUUUUACAUCAUAUCUUCAGGAGAAAAUGUUCCUGGCUUUCACACAGCCGCAUUUCUGCAAAGUUAAUAUCACAUUCAAAAACAGAUGGGAUUUUGGUGUGUAACCAUACAGCAGAUCUUUAAAGCGUUGGUCUGCUGAAGGUGUAAGCUGCCUGCAAGUGAAAGGCUUUUGAAAAUUUCUUCCAGAGUGCGCCAUCGCCCAGCGGUGGGCCUAAAUCCAAUCUCGCCGUCACAUGGAGGCUUAGUCAGCUAAUCCAUUCUGAGGAAAAUAACACCCAGUUAGCCAGUGAACCCAAAGGGGCUCCAACACAGCGGACUAAUAGAAGACCAACCUGACGUAUUAACAAUCUGUGUUAUCAGCAUGACCUGUGGAGGUUCAAAAACAUCCUGCAGAUACUCACAGUUAGAUAUCACCAGUCUGGGAGUUUUCAAGGACUGAUAGUAAUCGUUUUUAGCCACAUCAGCAGCCUUGUAAACUUUUUUUUCCAGUUGAGUAAAGCCCUGUUGUGCCAUUGCUGCAUGUUAUCAUGUUUAAUUAAGCUUGAUAUCUCCACCUUUGGAAAGUUAAUAUCUUUCUGUCGGUCCACUCAUUGUUCCCAACGGAUGAGUCUUAGCACUUUUCAGUGAUCCCCUGACCUUUCUAUUAGCAUUAAAAGCAGGCUCACGUUGGUGAUUUUAGAGUCUCAAGAACUUUUGCCACUGAAACUCAAGAACACCACAGGCUGAAUCAUUCCAGUUAUUUCAGCAAGUUCAACAAUUCCUUCUGCUAAUCUCACUAAUAGCAUGUGAUGGCAUGCUAACAUACCAAAAAAAGAUGCUGAACUUUGUUGCUACUGAACAUCAGCAUGUUAGAACCGUCACUGCUAGCAACAUACAUAUUAAGGACAACAUGAUACAGCCUCUAAGGGGUUGCUCCAUUUGUUCCUAUGAAAGCUGCUCAGUGGCACAUAAAGCAAUAAAAAAAACAAUAAAAUUACUCAGAUCUUCUAGAUAGCUUCCUCAUUGCAUUUCCUUUAGAACAGCCACUGGCUAAAAAACCUGCACAUUAACUUUGCCAGGAAAAAAACUCUGAAUGUGGCUGAACAUUACACAUUUAAGGACAACAAUGAUGUAAAGAGCUAUCUAAGUGUGUCACUUAGAAGUAAUACAUCCUAAAGUAGCCAUUUGCUUGUAAGCUAAGUUGGCUUCUUGAGGUCUUGGUGAACAUGCAGAUUCAUCAACACAGAGCCACUUAAAUGUUUGCCUAAAUGUGUGCAUUUUUUUAAAGUCACUCUAACAGAGUGAUGCAAGAAACUUUUGUUCUUUUAUCCUGACACAAAAAGACUCAAAUGUGUUGAGAUAUUCAAGUGCAGCAGCUGUGUCUCUGCACCAGGACUCGAGUAAUAAUACUUGAGACUGAAGACAUUCAAAGUGAGUCACCACUGACUGUCAAAGCGUUACUGUUAAAAACAUUGAUUAUUCUGUCUGGAAAAUUGAGCGUUUACACACUAUGGGGAGUCGGUGUGUUGGUGUGUACCACUGUGUUGUGAGGAUGCCUUGAACAGCAUGUUGAUUGAGGUGAUGCAGAAUUAGCAUGUUGUUUUGGGCCAGAGGGAUGCUAUCAAAGCACGCCUACCUACUCUUCCAUGCAUAGCUAAUAGUGGAUCCCAGAGGGGUCUUAGAAAGGCAUUACCCACAGCCACAGUAAACACAUGGACUUAGACUACAAAGCUCUGUGCACACAAGGCUGGUAAAUUAACUCAUAGAGGCAUUGACAGACAGAUAGGUGUAAAAUACAAGUGAGUCAAACAUGUUUUAAGACAGAGAGUUUGAAGAUCUCUGAUGAAGGAUAUUGAUUGAGGAGAAAACAUUUAGAAAGUGGUAAGCCUUUAUUUUUUUUUCUUUGUUUACAUUGUUUAUUAUAGCAUUGAUCUUUUUUGCAAGCACUGCUUUGUUUUCUCAUCCUUUCCCCACAGUUUGUUACUGAUGUCCUUUCCUCACUCCCACACACCUUUCUCUUUGUAUCUCUCAUUGAUUUGUACAGAUAAAAUGAAGUUUCAUAGGAAAAUGCGUUUUGUUUUUGCUCUGAACAAUAGCUACGGAGAAAUCCACGUCUGAUAAAAAGUUCACACACUAAUUGACAUAAAUAAAAAGUGAAUUCCUUUCCUCUUUGCAUGACGUGAGCAGUCCUUUGUGCAGCAGCAUGGUGCUAAUACCCCCCUGCCAUCGUCCUUUUCUGGGUGGAGGAGGAGGAGGAGUAAGCCCCUGCUGCAGGAGCGUCAGUCAGCCUCCGCUUGUCUAACAAAGCAGCCCUUUGCUUUUCUUCAGAUCAAUUUGUUUCCAGCUUGGCAGGGAGGCGUAUUCAUCUCUCUUCAUUUCCAAAAUAGUCUGAAAUGUAAAUUUAGGGAUACAUUUAUGAAGGGAAUGAUGUAAAAAUCAAAAAAAUGAGUUCUAAAGUUAAACUGAACCUUAUCUCAGGAUUUAAUUAUAAACAUGAGUGUUUUAAUAUCUAGUAAAACAUGGUGAACACUGCAGGCUGCUGGUUGAAAGCCGUCACUGCAGGCUGCUCAAUCUGGUUACCUGGAAGUCCUGAUCAGACAGGUAGACUUCAAGGUGCUGGGGGUCCACUCCUUCAGGUAAGGGGCUCCGCAGCAGCUCCUCCAGAGGGUACUGGGUCUUCAUAAGCUGGGCCAGGGCGUCCUGCACCAAGGUCAGCUUCACCGGCCCUGUGUCGCCCUGGAACACAAAUCAAACACACCCAGGGACAGACACAGAGAUAUAGAUAAGAAUGAGUUUAUGAGUGGAGAGUACGGUAUCUCUACAAGUCUUUAAUUACGGCAUCCAAAAAUGUAUUGAUUGCACUUAUAUACAGAACAGCUACUGUGGCAGCCAAUUCCAAACUUUUAAAGGGUAGAAAACAAAAAAACUACACUGCAAUCAUGCCUCCAUUUAUCUGGAUUAUAAUUAAAAAGAACAGGUCAAGGCUUCCAAGUCAUGGGGUACUUAAGAGGGACAGCUCCGUUCGAGAACAAGAUUCAGUUUUCUGUGACUACAUUUGAGACUCAUUCAUUGGAGCAAUCAGGGACAGAAUAAACACUGGAGGCUUUGAACCAAAAUAAGGUUCCAUUACUUCUGCAUUUUUUUGUGCUUGCCCUUUGAUACUGUUUUGAUAUUUUCAAGAGAUUGCAAAAGAAAGAAUGAGAGGUUUUAGAAUAGCGAAUGAUUGCUUUUCACUUUGUAAAAGGGCACAGCCUCAGAUAAAUUAUGAUUCAGGAUGAAUACCUUUUUAAAAAGCUCUAAGCUGACGGGAAAAGAGCAAACACAUAAUCACAGCUGCCGCAAAACUCUUAAAUAAGGACAAAACAGACUACAACAUGAUCAAUAUGUAAAGUUCUGAGAGAGCUGGCAAGAUGUAUGGUAUGUGCCAAACAUGUUACCCAUAAUACUUGAUAUUAAGAGACCCUAUUUCUCUUCUCCUAUGUCUAUGUUAAGCCCUUCUUUUGUUAUGAAAUGUGUAAUGAAAGACAAAUAAAUGUCAAACCAUC